AUGGUGAAGAGAAGAGAACUCUGGGAACAUUUGAAUGACCAGGUAGUUGGUUCUGAUCCUUGUAUAAUUAUGGGUGACUUUAAUAUCAUUAGAGAUGACUCAGAACGUCGGGGUGGUAGACCUCGUCCGAGAGCAGCAAUGGAAGACUUUAAUUCUUGGAUUGAUCAUUGUGGCUUGAUUGAAAUGAGGUCUUUGGGUAGGAGUUAUCUUGCGAGAUCCACAUCUGAUCAUUCUCCAAUGUUCUUGGAAAUGAAGAAAGAUCUAUUUGCUUAUGGCCCUCCUCCUUUUCGGUUUCAGCAAAUGUGGAUAGAUCAUCCAGACUUUAGACCUUUUGUGGAACAAGUCUGGCAGGAAGAGGUGGCUGGUACGGGUCUAUUGAGAUUGGCUCUAAAACUGAAAAAAUUAAGGGGUGCAUUGAGAGUGUGGAAUAAACAGAUUUUUGGUAGAACUGAAUUUCAUUUACAGGAGAUUCAAGCUCAAAUUGAUUCUUUGGAGUCGGCUUUACAGCAAGAUUGGGAUCCAACUACUGAACGGGAGCUUUUGGUGAAAACUGCAAAAUUGGCAAAUUGGAGGAGUAGAGAAGAGACUAGACUGGCUCAAAUGGCGAAACUUAGAUGGAAUGUGGAAGGUGAUCAAAAUUCCAAAUUUUUCCAUGCUUAUUUGUCUUACAAAAGGAAGAAGAGAGUCAUGGAGAGGAGACUUCAAGAUGACACUGUUUUGAAGACACCUGAGGAGGUGCAUUUAGGAGCUGUCAAUUAUUUUUCAUCUUUUCUGCAGAAGGAGUCUCUUGAAAAUGCUCCAGAUUUAUCUCAGAUCAUUUCGCCGGUCAUAACAGCGGAGGAAAGUGCAUUAUUAUGUGAUAUUCCCUCUAUUGAUGAAGUUAAAAAGGCUUUAGAUUCUAUUCCCUCUAAUAGUGCUCCGGGUCCUGAUGGUUUUGGAGCGGGUUUCUUUAAAAGUUCUUGGGAUAUUAUAAAGAUAGAAAGCAUGUCUACUGUAGAAGAAUUUUUAGAGGUGGAAAAUGGCUGA